UCCAAGUCGGACCGAAACGUCGUCGUUAGCUUCUCUCUUUUAUGUGCGGGUUAUUUGUGUAUUGUCUGGUUUGUAGUGUUUGAGGUCUGCAGAGAUUAUGGUCUUCGGAGGCUCGGAUCUGCAGUGACUGUAAUGGAAGCGUGCGGGAUGGCCAAGAAUGAGAGGCCAGGGGUGGAUAACCCAGCCUUCAGUGGUGAGGAGGAUGACCAACACAACGGCAGCGUUAAGAAAGAGGUAGCUGGGGAGGCUGGCAAGACCUCUGGGAAGGACCUCACAUCGGAGGAGAAAAAGGAGAAAUUUUUGAUCAUGAAGAACAUAGUCGUUAUCUCUAUCGCUUUCACCUUCCUCUUCACCAGCUACAAUUCAAUGUCUAAUCUCCAGUCUUCCAUUAAUAAGGUAGAUGGAACAGCAUCACUGACUGUUCUUUAUGGUGCUUUCGUCUUCUCCUGCUGCUUCUUGCCGUCGUGGCUGCUGUCGUUGUUAAAGGAGAAGUACACGAUAGCACUCUCCAUGCUCUGCUACUCUUCCUACAUCGCAGCUCAGUUCUACCCAGAGAUCUACACUCUCGUACCUACAGCCUUCAUCCUGGGCUUGGGAGCUGCACCGCUCUGGGCCUCCAAGUGCAUUUACUUAACCAAGGUUGGGCUGAGAUACGCCAGUCUUGUGGGAGAGAACAGUGAUGUUAUCAUAACAAAGUUCUUCGGCAUUUUCUUCAUGUUCUUCCAGUUUACCCAAGUGUGGGGUAGUCUCAUUGCUUCCUCAGUGUUGUCUGUGGGUGUAGAGGAAGUCAACCGGACGGAGGCGGAGAUACUGUCCUGUGGAUACAACUUCUGCAUCUCUGAGCCCACCAGAGAGCUCAACAGCAGCGACUCCGGCGGGAGGGAAGGUCCGCCUCUCUGGCAGAUUUACACCUUAGCUUCUAUCUUCCUCCUCUGCUCCCUACUCUCCUCUGUUGUCGUCAUCAUCUUCGUCGAUCCUAUUAGUUCCUUUAAGGAAGUGGUAGGUGGUGGUGGAGAGGGUAAAAGCAGUUUACAGCUGCUAGUUGCCACCUUCAACCAUCUGCGUCAUCCAUACCAGCUGCUCAUUGUGCCCCUCACCAUCUGGUCAGGUCUUGAACAGGGUUUUCUCACCGCAGACUAUACUGCAGGUUACGUGUCGUGUGGUCUCGGGGUUCACAUGGUGGGAUACGUGAUCGUGUGUUAUGGUGUGUGUGACGCUCUGUGCUCCAUGGGGCUCAGUUCUGUGGUGAAGGUGCUGGGGCGGGUGCCUGUUUUUACCCUGGGCUUCCUCAUCAACGUGGCCCUCAUCGUGGCACUCGUGUACUGGCGGCCACUCCCGGAUGACGUCGCUUGGUUCUUCGUCAUUGUCGGCUUUUGGGGAGUGAGUGAUGCAAUCUGGCAGACGCAGAUCAAUGCACUGUACGGUGUGAUCUUCCCCGGGCAGUGUGAGGCAGCUUUCAGUAACUACCGCUUGUGGGAGUCCAUCGGUUUGUUCAUCUCCUACGCCUGCAGCACCGCCAUCUGCGUCGAUGUCAAGAUCACCAUCCUCAUCAUUUUCCUCGGUGGCAUGACAGGAUACUACACCAUUGAGAUCAUACAAAGGAUGGGAGGCCCGAAGAAGGAUAAGGACGGUAGUGUCAUACCACUUGAUCAACUCAUCGUCAGAGAGUUAUAAGUGAUUCUUAUAGGCUUUUGUUGGUGUCGGUUGUGGCAGUAAAAAUAAGGGAAUUGCUCUUGUUGACUCUAGUUAGCAUGUACCGAUUAUUCCUCACUCUCACUGGAGGGUGGUUUGCUUAUCCUAUUUAAUAUAUAUCGAUCAUUCAACACCGUGGGUCAUCCCGCACAUUUGUAUAAUUGUGCCUUAUUCAUCUUAAUUGACGAAUACUGAUCAUUCCUCAACAUUGUUAGAAUAUUAUUAACACAGGGUUGGGGGGUCCUGUGGUUUAAAGCGUCAUGUGGUUCUCGCUUACCAUGAGGCAGGCCAGUACAACAUGGGUCCGAAUUCUUGGCUAACGCAGUGUUGUUAUUGAUCAAUACCACUCGUUCGUGGUUAAAAUAAUAUGUAAAUGAUGCGCGUGAGGUUAGUACACCAAACAGGGAUGAGAAUGAAAUUAGCUUACAAGCUCCCACACCUCCGUAUGCUCUCGGAUGGCGACCCAACAGCUAGCUGUGUGCUGGCUGCGCCAUUCUUGUAGGGUUGGGUAGUCCUGUGGUUAAAGCGUCAUGUGGUUCUUCCUUACCAUGAGGCAGGCCAGUACAACAUGGGUUUGAAUCCUUGGCUAACGCAGUGUUGUUAUUGAUCAAUACCACUC